AUGGGGGACGGCGAGAACCCCCAGGCCGGGCGGACUCCCUCUCUCGCCGCGGGCGAGUCGCCCGCCGCGUCGGGUGUCUACACGGGUCCGCCGGAAAGACGCUGCGUCGUCUGUCAAGUGAAGGAAGGCAUCUACCGUUGCGCAAGGUGCCUGCGACGCACCUGUUCCCUCGGCUGCUACAAAGCACACGAGAAACGCCCUCGCGAGCAUCGAGACGUCUUCCACUCUUCCUCUCCCUCCUCCCCCGCUCCCCCUCCCCCUCCACCGGCCGCUUCUCCAGCCUCGCCUUCUGCGAGACCAGAAGGGGACAACAGCGCCGGAGGUUCCAGUGCGCCUCAAGCAGAACCCGCGACGGCGAGUGUGGAGAGGCUGAACGUCGGCGCAGCUGCGACGCAGAGCUCCACUGCUCCGACUGGCGAGUCGGACCUCCGAGCGUCUCCGCCUUCCGGUGCUCACGCCGCACCUUCGUCUCUGUCUGCGUCUUCUCUCGCGUCCUCGGGAGGCUGCCCACUGGUGCGGUCGAGGGUCGACUUUGUCGCCUUGAGGGAUUUCGACGAAAACUUUCUCCUCCGCGACUUCCGGCUCGUCGAAGAGGCCGCUCGAGUGGUUGAGGCUGCCGCGAGACACUGGAGAUGCGAGGCCGAAGAGUGUGCGCAGCGGAACCGAAAACGGCGCAGCGUUCAUCCGCAGCAUCUUCGCGCACUGUGUGUGUCGCGGGGCAUUCGCUUCCUGUUUUGCCCACCCAACUUCUCGAGACGCAAGAGCAACACCACGCGCGUCGUCCAGCGACAAAGAGCGAAGCCGACGCCUCCGUUGGCGCCGGAGGCGCGCGAAGCGAAACUCGGCGAGGCCCAGAAGGCGGAUCAGGCCAGCGCGCAGGCGCCGAAAGCCGAGACCGAAACUGCACUUCUCGCGCAGCAGGAAGCAACGAACCUGUCAGAGCACGUCAGCGAAGAGCGAGAGACCCACGCGGCAACGCGAGGUGGCGUGGACAAGACAGGAGAGGAAGGAGCGGUGGGAGAGGAAGGAGGGGCGAGAGAGCAAGGAGGGGCGAGAGAGGAAGAGGGCGACGAACAUGAGAUGCGCGAGGCGAGAGGCACCCUGGGAGACGGCAGCGAUCGAGAAGGCGACGCCGCAGCGAAGCGGGCGCCUGUGUCUGUGGCGAGUGACUCGGCAUCCGAGACGCUGGCGAAACCGGCGAAUUCUUCGCAUGCAAAGAAGGACGAGAACAGCGCGAUCGAAUGGCGGGUUGUGUUUCACUUCCGGGAGCUGGCGAUACACCGCGUGCUGCCUGCUGUCCACGAAGACUUGCCGAUUUACCAAGUCCUCGCUCAGCUUCUCGACAUGGAGAGAACGCGCGAGGCGCCUGGCGAGCGGAAGGGCGAACUAGCAAAAGAGACAGAGGGCGAAGACGGAGACCCCAACGAGGCGCCAUCAACCGCAGGAGAGAAAAGGAAGAAACGUGAAAGUACGCAGGAGGCCGUGAAUCAGGGGAAGAAACGACGAACAGACACAGGAUUCCAAGACGAGACAGAGAUGACGAAAGCGUCGUCGUCUCUUGCGAGCCAUCUAGCCAGGCAAGAAGAGCUUCUUUUGCUUCUCCCCUGUGUUGGCUCUUCGUGCUUGCGAUCCUCUUCCUCUUCGCCGAUGUCUUGUGCUUCUUCGUCGCCUCCCUCGUCUCCUUCCUCUUCUUCCCGAUCGUUGAUCAUUCCAGCUCGGAAAUGCGACAGAGGCUGGAGUCUGCGGGAGGCCUUGACGGGCACCGUCGUCGUUGAGUUUCCGGAGUUUUUCGUCGCUCUUCCAGAAGAGCUGGCCAGCUUUCACUGCGUACAGAAGGCUGCGGCGCCGCCCCCUCCUCUCUUCUCGCCAGAGUCACCGCGAUCCAGCGGCGGCAGUGUGGGUCUGGCUGUCUCUCACAGUCCGUCGGAGGCUGCCUCUCCGUUUGGUUCUGCUGUCGACGAGUUCGCGCCAAACGCAGCGGGAGGCGUUGCCGGAGGACAUCCGGGGGCCAAUGAAGAGGCAGAGGAGGAAGAGGAGGAAGAGGAGGAAGAGGAAGACAGCGAAGAGGACGAAGAGGUGGUAUCCCACCUCCAGUCCCUUUUCCCAGCUUCCUUCAGCACAAUCUUCACAGAAAACACGCCUGUGCCUCGUCUCUCGGACCCCUCUGCCGUCCCUUCCGUCUCUUCCCAUUCACCUUUCGACCGAACGAACAGAGACGGAUCUCGCGUCUCCAGCAGCUACGGAGGAAGACGAGGCCGCAGAGACCGAGGCAGCAGAGCCACGGGGAACCGUGGGCAUCACCCGGGACAGAAACGUCGGGGAUCUUGUGGCUCUUCAAACUCGCCAUCGUCGUUCUCUUCAGUGGCCACUUUCUCCUGUCACCCUGCUAGUGACAGCCCGCCAUAUCCCGGUGCGCACCCGCCUCCUCCGGGCGUGCAUGCAGCCUUUUCCGGUGUACAUACACCUGGGCCAAAGGGCGGUGCAGCCGCGUCGGCAAGCGGGCAAGCAUGUUUUCGGGGAGAGCAACCGGGGAGAGUUUCUGUGCGACAGGAGGGCAAGCAUUUCUCGCCUCAAGCAAACCCCGCUUCGCGGGGCCAGCACAGAGGCGGUGGGCGAGGGAAACAAGGAAGAGGAUCCUGGAGAGGAGGACGCGGCUUCAGAAGAGGAUGA